ACAGUGUCAGGAAUACAAUAGUGCUCCGCGCCGCCUCAGCCGCCGCCGCCGCCCAACCGCCUGCCCAGCGCUGAGGCCUGACGGGCCGGGCGGACGAGGGCCGAGGGCGGGAGCUGAGGCGCGGGGGGCGGCCCCGGCGGGGGGCGGGGGCGAGGAGGGGAUUAAGGGGCAGGUGCGAGGGAGGGAAGAGAAGAAAGCGAGCGGUUAGGGGGGCGGUUACCACUCCGACCGGACUCACCCGGCACAUUGCCGGGCCGCGGCGUGGAGCCGGGCAGGAGCCGCGAGCCAGCUGCGCGAAGGAUGCUCCAGGAUGAAACGCCAUAGGCCUGUCAGCAGCAGUGACAGUUCAGACGAGAGUCCUUCCACUUCCUUUACUUCUGGCUCAAUGUAUAGGAUCAAGUCAAAAAUUCCAAAUGAACACAAGAAACCUGCUGAGGUAUUCCGGAAGGACCUCAUCAGUGCCAUGAAACUUCCAGAUUCUCACCACAUUAAUCCUGAUAGCUAUUACCUCUUUGCUGAUACGUGGAAGGAAGAAUGGGAAAAGGGAGUCCAGGUACCAGCCAGUCCAGACACUGUUCCACAGCCUUCUCUCAGGAUUAUAGCUGAGAAGGUAAAGGACGUUCUGUUUAUCCGACCCCGGAAGUAUAUUCACUGCUCCAGCCCAGACACCACAGAGCCUGGCUACAUCAACAUCAUGGAGUUGGCAGCAUCUGUUUGCCGCUAUGACCUAGAUGACAUGGACAUCUUCUGGCUUCAGGAACUCAAUGAAGACCUUGCAGAAAUGGGUUGUGGGCCAGUUGAUGAGAAUCUUAUGGAAAAGACAGUAGAAGUCCUGGAACGCCAUUGCCAUGAAAAUAUGAACCAUGCUAUUGAGACAGAGGAAGGGCUAGGCAUAGAGUAUGAUGAAGAUGUGAUCUGUGAUGUGUGCCGGUCUCCAGACAGUGAAGAAGGGAAUGAUAUGGUGUUCUGUGAUAAGUGUAACGUCUGUGUGCAUCAGGCCUGCUAUGGCAUCCUCAAGGUCCCAGAAGGCAGCUGGCUGUGUCGCUCCUGUGUCCUGGGCAUUUAUCCGCAAUGUGUGUUAUGUCCAAAGAAAGGUGGAGCCCUGAAGACCACCAAGACAGGGACUAAAUGGGCUCAUGUCAGCUGUGCCCUGUGGAUCCCAGAGGUCAGCAUUGCUUGUCCUGAGAGGAUGGAACCGAUCACGAAGAUCUCCCACAUCCCACCCAGUCGGUGGGCCUUAGUCUGCAACUUGUGCAAGUUGAAGACGGGGGCUUGUAUUCAGUGCUCUAUAAAAAGCUGCAUCACUGCCUUCCACGUCACCUGUGCCUUUGAGCACGGCCUAGAGAUGAAGACCAUCCUAGAUGAGGGAGACGAAGUGAAGUUCAAGUCAUAUUGCCUCAAGCAUAGCCAAAACAGGCAGAAACUUGGAGAAGCUGAGUACCCCCACCACAGGGCUAAAGAGCAGAGCCAGGCCAAAAGUGAGAAAACCAGCCUGCGGGCACAGAAGCUUCGGGAGCUGGAGGAGGAGUUCUAUUCCUUGGUACGAGUGGAAGAUGUGGCCGCAGAGCUGGGUAUGCCCACACUAGCUGUGGACUUUAUCUAUAACUACUGGAAACUGAAGCGGAAAAGUAACUUCAAUAAGCCAUUAUUUCCUCCAAAGGAGGAUGAAGAAAAUGGGCUGGUGCAGCCAAAAGAGGAAAGCAUUCACACUCGAAUGAGAAUGUUUAUGCAUCUACGCCAGGACCUGGAGAGGGUCCGAAAUCUGUGCUAUAUGAUAAGCAGACGAGAGAAGCUGAAGCUGUCACACAACAAAAUACAGGAACAGAUCUUCGGUUUGCAAGUCCAGCUUCUUAACCAAGAAAUUGAUGCAGGGCUUCCUUUGACAAAUGCACUCGAAAACUCACUGUUUUACCCACCACCAAGAAUUACCUUGAAGUUAAAAAUGCCCAGAUCAACCCCAGAAGACCACAGAAACAGCUCCACAGAAACCGAUCAGCAGCCCCACUCUCCUGACAGCAGCUCAUCUGUUCACAGUAUAAGGAGCAUGCAGGUGCCUCAGGAGUCACUAGAAAUGAGAACGAAAUCGUAUCCGAGAUACCCACUAGAGAGCAAGAAUAACCGUUUGCUGGCCAGUCUCAGCCAUUCUAGGAGUGAAGCAAAGGAGUCCAGUCCUGCUUGGAGAACCCCGUCCUCGGAGUGCUAUCAUGGGCAGUCACUGGGAAAGCCUCUGGUCCUUCAGGCUGCCCUCCAUGGACAGUCUUCCAUUGGGAAUGGGAAAAGUCAGCCUAACUCCAAGUUUGCCAAAUCCAAUGGCCUGGAGGGCAGCUGGUCUGGGAAUGUCACCCAAAAAGACAGCUCGAGUGAGAUGUUCUGUGACCAGGAGCCUGUGCUCAGCCCCCACUUGGUCAGUCAGGGCAGCUUUAGAAAAUCCACUGUAGAACACUUGAGUAGGUCCUUUAAAGAGACCACCAAUAGGUGGGUGAAGAACACAGAGGACCUCCAGUGCUAUGUGAAGCCAACCAAGAAUAUGAGCCCCAAGGAGCAGUUCUGGGGUAGACAGGUUCUCAGGCGGUCUGCAGGAAGGGCUCCAUAUCAGGAAAAUGAUGGCUAUUGCCCAGAUUUGGAGCUGAGUGAUUCAGAAGCAGAAAGUGAUGGGAAUAAAGAAAAAGUCAGGGUAAGGAAAGAUAGCUCAGACAGGGAAAAUCCUCCCCAUGACUCUAGACGGGAUUGCCAUGGUAAAAGCAAGACACAUCCCCUUUCCCACAGUUCAAUGCAAAGGUGAUUAGAAACUUCCAAGGAUGACCCAACCUUUGCCUUUGCCCCAUAUAUUGGGGAAAACCCAUACACCAAAAGGAUUUUAGCAUAUGUUAAGAGGAAUUGCAGUGAAAAGGGUAACAUUUUUCCAUAGUAAAUUGUCUUGCAGUUUUUGAAAAUGUUUCAAGUCUAGUUUUUACAAGCACAUUACAGUAAUUGCAGGUUGUCCAGAGGUUGGUUUGUCAGAGGCUAUUGGGAACAGCUGGGCCCAGGGUAUUUGCUCAGUAAAUAUUUUGGGGCAGCUUUCCGGUUAUAUAACACAUUGACAAGUAUAUGUAUUAAGAGUCCUUGCAUUGUUAACUGAUUUGCAAGAGACCAUGAUUAUCAGACACUAAAACUACUUAUCUUUUGAAGCUACAGCAUGUGACUCCCAGAGCUCCUGUCUGUAGGAAGUUUCUGAUUCCACUGGUAUCUAUAAACCCUUUUCAGGGGAGAGACCAGGAGACCACCAUCUUAGAUACUGUCAAACUCACUACUGUCUUCCUUUGUUCUGCACAAGGUUGAGUUUCUUUCACAGUAUCUUAACUUACUGAGUCAAUACUGCUCAUGCUUAUCAGUGUCCAGUGCCUGUUCCUAAACUUGCUUGUUGGGGACACACUCAUAACUAUUUCACCUGACUGACAAGCAUAAAAGGCUAACUUGUGGAUAGUGUUUACAAAAGUACAAAAGUACUACUUCCAAGGAAAAUGCUCUGAUUCUCUGUUUAGGCAUUUGUGAAGGAUUCCAGAGCCUUUCCCAAAGUGAGACCAUUUCUGGGGUAUUUGUACCAGGUCAGGGUUUUUGUGUUGUUUUCAAAUAAGUUUGACUAAAAUAAGUUUGGCUGACAGUUUUUGUAUACCUGCUUUAAUGUUUAUAAAAUUUUUAUUGAGGUAUAAUUAAAAUAUAGUAAAAUGCACAGAGGUUAAGUAUUCUUACCUGCUUUAAUUUUGAAACAGAUUUUUAUUGUCAAACAGAAUUUGAAAGCAUGUGUUUAACACAUGGAUAUAAUUUAGCUUUGUGUCAGCUUUGAAUCUGAGGCAGUUUCCCAAACAAAAAGGCUGGAGCCAUUUUUCAGAAGUUGCUUAUACCCUGUUCCCAAACUAUCAGCCUUGAUUAAUUUCUAGUAGGAAGAGAAUAAUUACAUUUGCGGGGGGGCGGGGUGGUGGAUAAAAACAUGUCUGCUUCUCAUUUAAAUAAGAGAGAAAUGAUGCCGUUUUUUAAAUGUGAAGCAGACUAUAAUUCUCAGCUCUCUUUUCUUCUUAGCCUUAAAUUAAUAUUCUCUUUCUUCUAGUUUGGGAAAGUGUAGUGGGAAUAUUCAGACAAAAGAGGCCAUUUUCCAUUUUUAAAGCUUCUUACUGGUGAAACAGCCCAGUUGUAGUAGGUGCCAGUCAGUCAAGGCAGGGGCCCUCUCUCCGUCAAUAUGGAAAACUCAGCAGUUUUCCUCUCCCCCAGUUGUGUUCUUGUAACGUUGUUAAUGGGUUCCUUUGCUUUUUGCUUUCUCCUUUUCUGAAAAUGUAUGUGUUUUGCCUCUCUUUUGGCUACAUCUUCAAAACAUUUCUUUUGUGCCUAUGUACAUGUGUAAACAUGCCAUAGCAUGUGUGGUAGGUGUCCUGUAUUUUGUUUGGGAAAAAAACUAUCAAAAUGAGGAAGAGAAUUUCCCCUAUUUAUGCACUAGGUUUCUGUGCUUUUUCUUUGAGUUCUCUGGAGUAGAUAUUAAUUUGAUACCUUCAUGGUAAUGAAAUUAUGAUGGAGCUGUGUUAUAAAUUCCUUAUGUCAGAGGCCAGUGCGGUAGCCUUUGUCCCUUCAUGCCUUUCAAUUCUGAGUGGGAGGAAAAGCAAACAUCAAAACAGUGCUUCAGCCAAAUUCCAUAUGUAAUGCCAUUGGGAGAGUAUUGACUAAAAUAUCAUUCGUCAGGGAAAUAUAGUUGUAAUAUUUUUACAGGAUAUUCCUAGGUAAAUGAAGGAGCCUUCAGUUGUAAAUUUCAAUUACCCCAAAAUGUAUUUGCUACAUUUUGUUGUUUGAAGUAUUACCUCUUAACCUUCUUUGUUAAUUUUUUUCAUUUUGUCUUAUAUAGUCCAGUUUUCCAAGAUAAGCUCAGUCCUUUUUCAAAUGUCACCUUUUUACCAAUACUUUUUCAUUAAAUUAUGAAAACUGCUAA